GAAUAUCCAUAGUCCCCGGUCGGUCGACGAGAAAAGUCAGAGUCAAUUUCGUUUUUUAUCGAAUAGUUUAUACCGUUAAGGCGUUAACGGAUUAGAGGAGAGAGAUCGCGAUCGGGAAAGGGAAAAAAAAAAGAAGAGAGAAAAGUGACGCACCGUUGCAACUAAAAACGAAACUCGAGCGACAGAUGGCCUCGAAACGUUGUCGAGAAAAAUGCUGAAUGGUAUUCGGCGUGCGCGAUCGGAAACGUGUCAGGGGACGUGCCACGCCUUGAAAAAAUAGGGAAUCGAAACCGUGAUCGUUCGUUGCGUUAAAAGUGCGACAUGGACGUCCUCGGCGUUAUAUUCCUCGUCUUUCAAUUCGCUUACGCUUACGAAAAUUUAUUGAUCCUACGAGAUAUGAGUAACGAUAAUUCCUGGAAAAACAGCAGAAAAUUGGUAUGUGCUGCCAAAGGCGAUGGGGAUGCUCUCGUAUGGAAUAUCGAGUUAAAUCAGCCGGAAAACUGGUAUUCGUUCAAGAGCAAGGAAUACGAUUUCGGCUUCCAUAGUACAUACGGCUACGAAGAGAGCGUCAUCGAUUGUCGCUUAAAUCCUCAUAAAAAAUGCGGAUGGAUUGCGAACCAGUGGAAAUUCACCAACUCUAUAUCGAGAGCAAUGGGACCGGUAUUGGACGAUCGAUGGGAAGAUUUCAGAGAAUACGAUAAUUUCAAUGAGAUAAAUCAAUUCGUUCCUACGGAGAAAUUGGCGAAAAACGGCGCACUCGUAUUUUCGAUUCGUGGCUCGACGGACGCUCACAUACUGCUUUGCGAUAGGGAAAAUUUCCGAAAUUCCUUUUGUUACUGGAUCAUUAUCGGUGGAUGGGGAAACAAGAAAUCAAUAAUACGUAAAUGUCCCCAGGGUAUACCACCGGGUUAUCCAUUGGCCAAAUCUGAAUGCGCCGAAGAAAAAGCUACCAACACGCUCGAUGUAGCAUUGAAUCCAGCGGAAUGGAGACACUUUGUUCUCAGGUGGAACAACGUAACGCGAACGAUAACUCUGUGCAACGAAAAGAAAAUUCUGUUAACGUAUGUAGACCAAGGACUCGUUUUCAACGAUCAAGAGAAUUAUCACAUCUUCCAUAAGAGUUUAAAACCGAUUUUAUUCCGAUUUCACAUAUAUAAUUACGUUUACACGGACAAAUUGAAUGCCACUCUAACCAGUCCGAAAAUACCCUUCCAAUAUCAGACUCUCUGUUUCGUACUUUCAAUCGGUCUGUGCGCAAAGUGUAGCAUGAAAAUUUCGGUGAUCGUAUCCAGCAAGUACGUUUCUAAUGAAACACAGACGAUAGUGACAGGAUUCGCGGCGGUCCAUAAAUUAGCGACAUGGCAAUACGUGAAAAUUAAUACGACCAUUUCGUCGAACGAUAACGACGACGUAACGGUACAAAUCGUACCAAUGAUCGAGAACGAGAAGGAACAAGGCUUUUGGGCGGUGGGAGAUAUCCGAAACUGUUCUCCGUUAGACGCAACGAGACUCUCUAAAUUGACGUUGACUAAAAUCUACGAAAAUGGAUACCGUUGGCCCAACGUUUCGUGUCAAAAGAUAUCUUACAACGAUAACGAAGUCGUUGACGCUAUGCUCCAAGUAUCGGAAUUACAAAGCAAUGAUUUCGACUGUCCAAACGGAAAGUUUUGCUCGAUGUCCUGUAAAGACAUAUUCUCCGAGUUCGAGAGCGAUUGUAAAAGUAUUGCGAUUUGUGAAAAGACAAGCUGUACGUGUUACAGAGGUUUGACGGGGAAAAAAUGUGACGAGCCUUGCGAUGCGAAUCGAUACGGAUAUGCGUGCAAAGAAAGCUGCGGUCAAUGCUUGCAUCAACCGUGUAACUCUGUAACGGGGAUCUGUACGAAUUGGAAAUGCAACAACGACGACAAACGAUAUUACGUAUCGCCGUAUUGUAAAACAGUAAUCGACGCGUUGCCACCUCCUACUAUCAACUUUCUAAAUAAAACGUACGUUGGUGCUGGAAUAAUCGCAAAGGACGAGUAUAAGGAGACGAUAACCGAGUAUUGUUUUCUCAUUCGUAACGAUAUAAACGUUUUUAAGAGCGACGUUUGUACGUACAAAGAGAUAUCUCGAAAUACUACGGCGUUGGAAGCGAACUUUAAAGAUCUGCAACCUGGAACGCGUUAUACGAUCUCGUGCAACUUACGAAUCGGACAAGAGCGUACCGUCAUAGAAGGCCUCUUAACGAACUUUACGACUCCCUGUGAUCAGAAUAUAAAGUUCAACGUUGAGGCGAACGAGACCGAUUUAACGAUAACGAAGGAAAUAAUCGGAGAAGUCGAUCAUCCGUGUCCAUUGCGUUGGUACGAUCUUUUAGUUCGGCGAAACGACACGAACGGUAUCAUUUACGAGGGGAAUUUGGCUAGAAUUCCGUUUACGGUAAAAGUCGAGCCUGGCACCAUUUACGACGUAGACGUAAGUGGAAAGGAUUCGCAGAUCUUAUCGCAAAGUAUUCAAACUCAGGACGGAGUACCUUCGCAGGUGACAAAUGUACGAGUCAGAUCAUUACCCAACGAUAAAGUAUCUAUAGAGUGGGAUCCACCGAAGCGGCCAAACGGAAAGAUCGUAAGAUACAAGAUAGAGUUAAAGGUGAAGAUUUAUUUCGGCUGCAGGGAUCACAAGCUACCUUCCAUCCCGAGGUACAUUCAAAUAGAUUUUACAACGGGUACUAAUAUUACGUUCUCGGAUUUAUCGGCGUACGCAAGGUAUACAGUCGCGAUUACCGCCUAUACUUCGAAGGAAGGACUGCAAAUGGAAAAAGAAUUUGUGACAGAAGCUACAGAAAUACCAAGAUCGAUCCUCGCUCGUUUGAGAUUGGAAAAUAAUCUCUUUAUUUGGGACCUACCGAAGGAUUGUUCGACCAUUUCCGGGCCGAUCAAGGCAACGAGAUUGAUAUUUAGCAGCGUCGACGAUCCCGAAAGCGAUCAAACGAUAGAGAGGCAAACGGGCUCGAUGUCGCUCGAUAUCGACAAAGUACCGCUGAACGGCCACGAAAGAUACAAACUACGAGCGUUUCCCAUACGAAAUUAUCACAAAGCUCACAAUAACAGUGCUUACGUGGAGCUGACGUUCGUUAGCCCGCCGAAAGCUCCAACGUCGGUGAGAAACCUUGAGAUAUACGAAUUCGAUGCUCGCACAAUGACGAUUUCAUUAAGAUGGCAAGAACCAUCGCCGCCGAAUGGAGAGAUAGAUCACUAUCUCGUCGAAAACUGCUACGGGCGAUUCUGCCAGAAUAAGUACAAAUAUAAAUCAGCGAAUCGACGCUGUACGCUUUGGGACGAUUACGUCUGCUCGAGGAUCAAAUUGUCGAUCGAGAUGUAUUCCACGAUAAUCGUGACAGCUUACAACAAAAACGUCAGCCAUCCGGGCCAACCGUCGUACAUCGAUUACAAUCCGUAUGCAAUUGCCGGAAAACCGGACGCACCGAAGAAUUUCACCGUUCGAUUCGGCGAGGAAGGCGUCGCGAAUUUGAGUUGGUCUCACCCUUGGAGAACGAGCGUAUCGCUCGCCGAAUUUCUUAUCAGAGCCGAAGUAAUCGAGAGUAACUUGAGAGGAGAGAAUUUCCUUUCGGAUGGGGAACGACGUCGAUCUUGUCGCUAUCGAAUCGUCGAUUAUCGACGAGAGUACGAGACGACUAUGAAUCUGUUAUCGUCGACCGAAUAUCGAUUGAGCGUACUCGCCGUAACCAUCGAUAAGAAAGAGGGUGAGAAAAAGAUCAUCUCGAUUCGUACACCAAACUCUGUCGCUUUCGAGGAGGACAAAUUGACGUACACGGUCGUGAGCAAUACGACGAUUCUUUUGAAAAUCCCAAAGGUCGUGAACGAUACUAAAAACAGUACGAUGUACGUCGUGGUAAAGGGUAAAUAUCCGUGCGAGCGAUACACGAGGUUGAACGAGUAUCUGACCAGAGAGGCAAGCGUUAAGCGCGACGAGAGUGCCUGGCUCGCUGCGAUCUUUUCCACAGAUCAAUAUUCCGGGAAAGAAUUCUACGUGGGUGACGAUCGGGUCUACGCGAAGGCUAAAAAUUGUCCGUUGAGUCCGGACAAUCUGUAUACGGUGAUCCUGAUAUUGCAAGCCGAUGAGACUUGGUCGCGUCGACUCGUUUUGGCGUCGAUUCGCUCGGCUUACGCAUCGAAGCGAUACGAGAUCUGGCCAAUUUUGCUCGUGGUACUUCUCGUCGUCCUUUUCAUUGCAUUUAAUCUUUAUCGAAGACGUACGAGGGAAGGACCGAAGACGAACAUUAUCCUCUUACGCGAGAACGUACGAACGAGCGAGAAUUUCAAGAAAGUCGUGCCUCCGUCGCCGAUUUCCUUUUCGGAAAGGCGUUCCUCCUUGCGCCAAAGCGUCACGACGGACGAGGACGCAUCGCGCGUGAUCGAAACGACAGAAAAUUGCGAUCCACGCAUGCCGAUCAAGGUGAAGGACUUUGAGGAUUACGUGAGAAAGGCGAUAGAGUCGGGUCUGUUGGACAGGCAAUACGAGACGUUUCCGAGGGGUCAAACGAAGCCGUGGGACUACGGGAAGUUGGCGGAUAACAAAUCGAAGAAUCGUUACGGAAAUCUCAUAGCGUAUGACGAAACCCGAGUGAUAUUGAGGAAACUCCCGGAUGACCCUUUCUCCGAUUACAUCAACGCUAAUUACAUCAAGGGUUACAAAAAGGAAAAACGUUACAUAGCGACUCAAGGACCAAAGGCUAACACGAUCGUCGACUUUUGGCGCAUGAUUUGGCAAGAGGAGGUCCUCGUUAUCUGCAUGCUCGCUAACGUCGUUGAAAAUGGAAAGAACAAGUGCGAACGAUAUUGGCCGGACAUCGGUAAGAGGAAGAAAUACGGUGACGUAACGGUCCUUAACGCCAAGCACAACGUCUUCGCCGACUACACCUUCAGAAUCUUGCACGUAACGUGCGAUGACGAAACCCGCAAGGUCGAACAUUUGCAUUACACGGCAUGGCCCGAUCACGGAGUACCGAUGUACACGCACUCCGUCGUCACCUACUUGAAGAAACUUUUGGCAACGCAAAUUGGAAACGGACCCAUGGUCGUUCACUGUAGCGCCGGCGUAGGUAGAACCGGGACCAUCGUUUCGUGCGACAUUUGUCUGAGACGCGCAGCGGUCGAGGGGGUCGUCGACGUCUUCUCGGAGACGCGAUCGAUCAGAAACGAAAGGGCCAACAUGGUGAACAAUAAGCAACAAUAUUUGUUCGUUCACUUGGUCCUGAUAGAUUGUCUACUCGCUUUACCAACCUCGUUACCAUGCAACGAAGCCCUACCAACGAAGAUCAAGGAAUUAAAGAAACAAUUGGGAAUACAAUGGCAAAGACUCGAAGACACUGCCUGGCAAAGCGAAGCCCUUCGGCCUCCGAUCUCGCAAACGUCCUUGUCGGAGUCUAACCUAGCCAAGAAUAGAUAUCCAGAAUUAGUAUCAAAAAAAAUCAGCAGAAUAUUCUUGAAAAGAUAUCCGGCGCAGGACGAGGACAGCGAUUACAUAGCCGCGGUUUACGUCGACGGAGUCAGGACACAAAAUCAAUAUCUGUCGAGCCAACUACCACUGCCAUCCACGUUCAACGACUUUUGGAGAAUGAUCGCCGAAUUUAAAGUCGAGCUCGUCGUCGUUCUACAGCCCCCCGAUACCGACGAUCCCAGCUGUUGUCCUCUCGUUCCGACGACCACCGAGUUUAAACCGACUCCUUAUAUAAACGUGAUUACGAAGGACCUCGCGGAAACGGAAUAUUACGUGUCUCGUAGAUUGACGCUCGUCGAUAACUCCGAGAGACCCAAGACGGAACAUCCGGUAACGAUCUUAACUUGUACGCAAUGGGAAUCUGGGAGAAAUAAGGAUCCUCCACCGGUAAUCGCGUUAGUAACCUUGUGGCAGGCCGCAGGUCGAAUAGCUAGGAUCGAUAGUCCGACGGUCGUACUUUGCCACGACGGCGUAACCGGCUGCGGUGUUUAUUUGGCGCUGAGUUUUCUGUUAGAAAGAAUGGCCGUCGAAAGGGAAUGCGACGUUUGCUUGGCCAUUCGAGCGGUAAAACGAUCCAGACCGGAUUUCGUUCGAUCUCUCAAAGACAUGGAGUAUUUGUACAACGCGGCGUUAACAUAUACGGAAUAUUUCGAAACCUAUGCUAAUUUCUCUUAAAAUUGAAACCAACGAGAGCACGAGGAUUACACUCGCUUUAUUGUACGAUAAUAAAUUGAAUAAAGAUGGUAACGCUCAAUAUGCUCCUAUCCGAUUCCGAUCAUCGAUCUACCUGGUCGUUGAACGAGAGAAAAAAAGAAAGAUAAAAGAAGAGAAAGAGACGGAAGGCGGCACCUGCCCUACCCUACCUUCCGCACCGACUCGAGCUUCUCGAUUUCCCCGAUAGAGAGAGCUUCGAUCGAAGCGAGUACGAUAAACCGUAAGUUCUUUGGAAAAAGAGAGGCGUAAAGUCGACGUUCCGUAAACGCUUGCUGCUCGAUCUCUCAACGCGCAUCUCGCACAACGAUUGGACUCGCUGUUGGCAUUUCUCCGUGCUACGUCUGUUGCCAAGGACAUUGUCCUUCUCCUCGCGUCGUCGUGGUCGUCGUCGUCGUCGUCGUCGUCGUCGUCGUCGUCGUCGUCGUGGUCGUUGCCGUGGCCGUUGCCGUUGCCGUCGUCGUCGCGAGAAAAAAGAAAUUCUUCGCCUCUUAUCGUACAAGAGAUUCAAGGUCGUCGUAAAUCGCGAGGAGCCAGCGAAGGAAGGUGCAAACGAAUAGCGACGAAUACCAUCGUCGUUUUCGAAGGAUUUGCUUUAGAAAAAGAGAUGGAAAACGCUCGAAGAAGUUGAGGAAGUGAAGAAGUGGGUCUCGCGAGCGAGUUCGAGCUCGAUAUCAGAGAUAACGUCUAGAGAGAGAAAAUAAUUAAUCUGCAUAGCAAACAGACGACGCGUCGCUUUUACUUCUCUCCAUCUAAUCGUCACAGUUAUUCGAAGCAGGUAUUCGAAACAGUAGAUACGAAUCGGGAAGAAGGAGGGAAGGAGAAAAAGAGCGAACCUUGCGAGCUGAAAGACGGAGGAGACUUCCAUAAUAUAGAGCAGAGUCGCAUUUUGCUCAUCAACACUGAGUGAUUCCAAUUGACGAUCGUCUCGACCCUCGGGCUUUCGUCUUAUUGGUCAACCUUUUAAUACGUUGCGUUACCAUUGGAUCGCUUCUUUCGACCGAUCGACGGCACACUCGCUCGAAAAGGCUCUUCGUAGGCACAGUAUCGAAUCGUCCAUCGAACGAAGCGAUCGAUAUCUCUCUGCCUACCUUUAUUUCUCUCCCUCUCCCUGUUCGUCCGUCCGUCCGUCCGUUCGUCCAUCCAUCCCCAUCUAUCUCGAUCGAAUUUAUCUUUGAGCAUUUAGUAGAAACGUGGUCUCUACCAGGCCUAGUGAAGAUCAACGCAAAACGAUUUGCUGUCCGUCGACUCUGCUUGUAAUAUCGGCUGAAUGGCUAUCUAUUGGCUCUUGCUGUUCGAAAGACUUUGAUCGGUUUUCAUAGCUCGCUCGAAGAUAAAAAGUAUAUAUGCAAAGUUCUAGAGGAAAGCGAAAGUGUUCGAACAAAAGAGGAAAGAAAGAUACGUCGUUCGUUUUGGAGUGAAUUUCACGAAAAGUCGGUACACCUUGGCACGCGUUGAAUAUUUUCGAAAUCGUAGAGGGAGAAAUCUGACGGAUCAGUGGUGCCUAACGCACGGAAUUUCGCUCCUGCUUCUAAAGAGAGUUUAUUUUUUUGUCGGCGCAAUGGAGCGAAGGAUUCUGAAAAUGUGGUGAUAACGUGCGGAGGCAGAGGCCUUUGACAAACAAGACACUAUCCAAUGUGUGAGCAAUAGUCGUUAGAAAAGAAAAAGAAUUAGAAUUCAACGUCAGGUUCGUCGUGUCAGGUGAUACGUAUGACCGACAACUAUCUACUCGUGAAGUAAUAAAGACUAAUAAAGGAAACAAGAGAGAGAAAGAGAGAAAAAA